CCGGAUUUUGCGCGGCGCAUUCCUGGAACGAGUGCGCUGCGAUCUAGAAGAGAACCGGUUGCGGAACUUUCUCUUCCCUUAUAAUCUUCUCAGAAAUUGAAGGCACCUUUUGAGCUAUUCCGCGCGUUUUUUUUCGAUCGACCUACGGACUGACGAAACUGAACUAGUCAUGCCGCGUCCAGCGAUGCUUGAGCCGCUGUAACCGUUCGUUUGACUCAUCAAGACAGAGUUUUCUGGCGUAGCUUACCGAUCCCCUUUUGUAACCGGUAUUGGUACGAGAUCAUUUUGCAGAAAUACAGGACUAGGCGUCAUCUUGCGAGUCGGCCGCAACUGAUACUCCACAACAGGUGCUUGCUAGUUGACGUCGGCUACCCGCCUGGCGUUUUCGCAGCUCUCGCUCCGUUGACAAGCUAACGUUCGCUACAGCCCCUCAACGACAACUGCGGUCUGUCGUCGCUGUUACUCGAAAACCAGCGUUUUCUGUAUGUGCAUUGAUGAAAACGACUCUUUAUCAAGGAACCUGACCCCAGUAACACUGUAGAUUUCUGUGGCCGCUUCUGUUUCCAAGAAAGGAAGCAGCCCCAGCUGGUUCCGCAUGUCUUGCACCCGGAUCCGGGUGUGAUGAGAGGAAGCCAUUGUCUUGGCGGCGAGAUAAACGCAGUGGAAAAGCUGGCACAUCUCGCCUUACCGGACCCCUUUUCUCCUUGUUUUCUGACUCAGUUCCGUCCUUGGUUGUGAGAAAGCCUCAUGAGACUUGCUGAAUUCCCUGUACCGGUCGCUCGGACAAAACACAGAGGAAACCUGGUGCGAUGCAGAUGAGACUCGACGGUCGCACCCAGGACGGCCACGUCCUGCCUUUUUCUACUCGCCUUCACAGAUCUACGAAAACCUCCCGCAGACAUGCCUGACGGAAACUCUAUUGUCGGCGGCAUCGCCGUUUUGGCGGCGAUACUCGCGACUGGCUCCGUCGCUGUUCCGCGGAAACUGGAGAGGAUCCGCAAGCUGGAACCGCCUCUCGAAGAUGCGGUAUACGUUCUCUACCUUUGCUGUGGCUACGCCGGGUCGGCUUUCCUAGCUUGUGGAUUGCUACCCCUGAACCAGGUCAUCAUGGACGACUACAGCAUGCGGAUAAGUUGUGCCUUCACUUGGUGGGGCGCUCUAUCAGGGGCGCUCGUUGUCGCCGCAAUCAAUGCAGGCUUCGCCGCCAUUUCCAGAGUCGGAAUGGCUGUGCAUGCUGCAAUUUCUAUGGGCACCGCCGUCGUCACGUCGUUCUUGUGGGGGGUCCUGGUGAACAACGACCGCCUUGCCCUCUUGUGGGUGGACAUUUUCGCUGUUGUGUGCCUCAUUGCUGGAAGCAGCAUCUCGGCCUUCCCCAAAGAAAUCGCUCGGUCCUGUGAAUCCUGCUGCCUCAAAGGCACUCCACUAAAGUGUGCGGAACCUGAGGCAGUUCUCGUGGACACUCCGGAAGCGCGCCCGCUUAUAGUCGAAGAAACGCAACUUCUAGAGAAUCACAAAAUCGGCCACGCCUGUGGCCUUCUCCUUUGCGUUGUGUCGGGAGUUUGUGGUGGCCUUUCUCUAGGCCCCAUGUCCUUCGUCCCUCCAGAGGACAAAGGCAUUGCUUUUCUUCCGAGUUUCGCGACGGGAAUCAUCAUGGCAGCUGUACUUGCCCUUUCCAUCCGCCUUUUCGUCGGCAAACAAAAACCUGCGUGGCACUUUAGACGUGCUUUCCCAUUCGGCCUCCUUUCCGGAUUUCUCUACAUGAUGGCAAUCCUUGCUGUCAUCAUCGCCAUCCCAAGAAUAUCAUUCGCAGUUGCGUAUCCGUCGAAACAGACCGCCAUCGUCGUCAGCGGGUGCUGGGGCAUUUUGUUUUUCCGCGAACUGCGCGGCGGCGCAGUUGCCGUUUUUUCUCUCGGGAGUUCCCUAGUCCUCACUGGCGUCGUCUUGCUGUCGAACUUCACGUAUCCAGAACGCGUUGGCAUUCCCUCGAGUAUCCAGCCGAGCGUCACUUGAAGUCACUGUACCUUUUGCUCUACCACCAGUAUCCUCAGCUGCACUGGUUUACACUUCGCCAUCCUAAAAUUGUUACUUUAACCUUGUUCCGUCUCUCAAUUCGUCGCGCCGUAGAAACGACGGCCCGAGGUGUCACCGGUGCCUCUUUGCGGGGGGAGGCGCUUUGUCCAGUUCUUUUGAAAAGCUUCUAGAAAAAUGUUUUUUGUGACGAGGCCGUUCAGUAUGCUUUUUUCGGCGCCUAGAACUUCCCCCGUUGACUCAGACGCGCUGCCUCCGGAGCGCUGCACCAGUUGUGGGGUGAGAGCCGGUGCACACACCAUUUCGACGGAGGGCCGCAUUUAAAUGCUUCUAUCGGAGUCCGAACAUCAGAAAUUUGUGUGGUGUCGAGGAACCGAACUUCUAUACAGAGACAAUGGACUGCGUCCCGUCUGAGCUGGCCCAAGAAUAAGUCUCGCGGCGAAGAGGACAUGAUCGCUUUUCAGGCCAGAAAUCUCAAAUGUGCCAUGGAGUUGUAUAUUUACCGAAACUGUUCGCUGCAUGCGUUCUCAGACGGUCCAAGCACUUAGGACCCGGGUGUCUUGUGCGCACUAAAUCGUGGAAGGCCACAGGAAACGCGACAAACAGCCACGAGAAACACAGAAAGACUCCCACUCACCAGUGCCUGGAAACACGGUUGACCCCGAAAUUUGCACCACGCAGAUGCUAGAUGAACAAGACCCCAGCAUACACGCGUGAUAGCUUCGGCUCGCUCUCUCGCCCCUCCAAAACAGGCGGGAAAAUGUCGAACCCCUGAAGGCUUCAUUCCUAGAAAAAUACCGACAGGACAAUAGAGAGGUGCCUCAGUUCUAUCAGUCUACGCGAAGAAGCAAACACGACUGUACUUCGACCCCUUUCCUGAAGUUCAAGGCACACAUCGUGCUGUCUUGGCAGGAGGACACAAGUAUAUACCUCAAAAUAGACAUAAACACAGAAAUGU